AUGAAGGACGACAAGGAAGUCGAGAAGGGGAGUAACCAACCGACUCACCAACUGACCGACCAACUGACCGACCAACCGACCGACCAACUAAUCGACCAACCGAAUGACCAGGCGAAGAAAAAUGCAAAGCAGAAAGAAAAAUUUAGCGAUAUCGACUUGAAGGUGGAGGCGUAUGCAGAAGGGGACUACAGACUGCUCAGAUAUCUACCAGAUGGCUCCUGCGUUUUCGAACAAAUACCAAAUGAAGAAAAUAAGAAUAUGAAAAAUCUACAACAGUAUGCACAAUUGUUCUGUUCUGCAAUGGAAAAAACGAUCCAAAUAAAAAGCAAUGACGAGAAUUUGAAAAAUAAUAAAGAAUGGACGGAAGGAGAGGAGUACAGAGUGAUGGUGGAGAAUGAUUUAAAAGAAUUGAUGGUUCUAUUUGACCUAAUGUUAGGUACAUUGAAUUAUGAUAAGGGCACAAAGUAUUUAACCUUAAAUAAAUGUAACUAUGUUAGGGACAUAAAGGCUAACAAGCAGGACAUAUGCAUCGCCGUUACGACUAGGAAAGAACUCCUACAGAAGUUGCGAAAAUUGUGUGAAGAAACAAGGAAACAAAUUAACUCCAUAAACGGUAUUGUUGCACAGAAAUAUUUUUUACAUUUUAUCAACCAACUUAUUCAACACUGGAAAGUAUUAAAUAAAAAAUAUUCCGAAAUAGAUUAUUUACAACUUGAUAAUAAUUUUCCGUACGCUACGGAGGUUUCUGUUGAGUAUUUUUUUUUGCCUUCUUAUUUUUGGAACUUCUCUUCCAACCCGAUAUUUCUCUCUUGGCCACCCUACCCCUCCUUCUCUCCCUUCAAGUCACAGUAUGCACAUAUCACUUUUUCAUUGGGUGCGUUGGAGAAGGACAUAAAAGAGGGGGGAAUAAUACAUAACCAAAAUACUGAUUCCACUAUUGAGGAUUCCCUACUUAAGCACAAGCCAAUCAAAAAGCAGGAUACCACAGACGAAAUGGUUCCUCCGUAUAGUAAAGAAUAUAAAAUUAAUGAUCCAAUAGGGGGUCUACAAAAUAGAAGCAGUAGCUCCAAACCAAAUGGAGGUACACUCAAUGAAAAUCACACACCCAUUGAAGAAGAACAUAAAAGAACAGAACAAAGUUAUACCCUUUACUACCCAAAUGUGAAGGAAGAAGAAAUAAAAAUGUUUAGAAUACUAGACAGGAUGAGUGUCAUUUCCGUCGAGUUCGAAGGAAUAGCUGCGCACUUGAUUGAAAAUAACUACGCCAUUCAGUUUGACUUAUGUCCAUUAAACAUACAGAUAAAAAAUGAACUAAGCAGGCAGAGAAAGAAAAAUGCCACAUGGGGAGGAAACACUUUUCCAGAAAUAAUAAUUCCAGAAAAUAUAUUUUUUGAGCAAGCCAAAAAGAUACACGCAAAAUUGACAACUGCACAAUGGGUACUGAUAGAUAAAUCUAUUUUCUACAUCUUGGCUGAACAAGCAAAUAAUUUGAAAGACAAAAAUAAUAACAUUUCACUAAACCUACCCAGCUUGACGGGGAAGAUGAAGAAAAUUAAAAUUCACUGCACAGACAUAAACCACAAGUGUCUGGAAUUUCUCAUAAGCGACGUUCUGAUUCCUUCUAUUGGGAAUGAACCCAUUUCGGUGGAUUUCUGCUUUGCUGUGAUGUACGAGCCGACUGAAGGGAUUCACAGCAAAUUGGCGGAAAGAAAUGCUAACGGGGCAAACAAACAGGGGGAAAACAAACAGGGGGAAUUCAAACGGGGGGAAGGCAACAGGGAUGUCAAUUUGAACUUUCAUGGGGAUGAUUUCCCUGGCUGUGCCCAAGUUAAUGGUGACGGACACAAGGGCGAAGUCGCACUGGACUACGAACUCGUGCAGUUGUUCCUCCAUUUGUCUCUCGCCAAGAUAAGGGAUUUGUUUAUCUGCUCGUGGAAAUAUUUCUCCUUCGAAAUGCCUUACUACUCUGCAGAUAUCCAUCCACUCAUUUAUCAAAAUGUUUUCCCGGAUCCGCGCUCCGACAAUUUAAUCACCAGUUUUUUCUCAUGGUUCAUUGCGUCCAUGGAGAAAUAUUUGCGCGCGAGUGCGAGCACGCCCGUUGGUUGA